CCAACACGAGGCUCCGAGAGAAUUCCCCCAAACUGCUCGGUACCCUUCUUCCUUCUCUCAGUCGGGCGGCGGACCGGGACGGGGACGAGGACGAGGCCGCCGACGGCGACGAUGGGCGGCGAGGGGAAGUCGAGGAAGCGCCGCUCUUCUCCCUCCUCAGGGGAGGAAGAGGGGAGGGAGCGGAGGAGGCGGGAUAAGAAGGAUAGCAGGAGGAGCAGCCGGGAGGACAGGGAGGAGGACGACGACAGGCACAAGAAGAGGAAGAAGAGCAAGCACAGCGACAGGGAGAAAGCCAAAGAGAGGGAUUCGAAGGAGAGACAUUCCAAAGAGAAGGAGAAGAGCAAGAGAAAAGACAAGGAUGCAGUCUUCAAAGAAAUAUCUAAAGAUGACUACUUUGCAAAGAACAAUGAGUUUGCCACCUGGCUGAAGGAAGAAAAAGGCAAAUAUUUUUCAGAUCUUUCUUCAGAGUCUGCUCGUGAUCUGUUCCUAAAGUUUGUGAAGCAAUGGAACAAGGGAAAGCUGCCAUCACAAUACUAUGAGGGGAUUACAAGCGGUCCACGAUCAGCACACAAUUGGAACAUCAAAGCAUGAGGCAUGUUCUGCUUCAUCAUGGUCUGCAGCAUGAGGCAUCUUGUGUUUUUCCUCGUGGGAUUUUCACAUAGUUGUGGACCUGUGGUGUACCAGUACCAGUACAACUACUUUUGAUCUUCUAGGUUAUUGUAUUUAAGCUGAUGUGCAGAAUGUGUUUCUAAAGCAGGAGGGUAAAUCAUAGGUCUCUCUACUCUCUAGUAUCCAGUGUUUAACAUUAAUGCUAGUUUUUCAAUGAUCAUUAGUGUUGGAUCCUGAAGAUGAGCAAAGCACCUGCUGUUUCCUGAGAAAAAGCUUUGCUUUGACCGUAAGGGCAUGUUAUGUUCCUGCAAUGCUAAUAUCUAAGGUUUUCAACAGCAGCAUUACAUUUA